AUGGAGCUUAAUUACUUCACAAAUCUACCAUCAGAAAUCACCACCGAAAUCCUGUCACGCCUCUCUAUCCGAAGCCUUGCUAUCAGCAAAUCCGUUUGCAAACCAUGGCGCGAUCUUUUAAAAUCUGAUGAUUUCGUCGUAUCCAAAAUCAAAACCCCGCCCGCCCUAGUUCGAUUGACGUCGAGCAGAUGGUGUAAUUCAACUCGUUGCACGAUUUUCGAGAUUGAAGAUGUAGACAAUUUGGAGAGCCAUGAUCUUCACUACCAUCCGCUCACAGAUUUCAAGAUCAAAGGACUAAUGGAAGGCUACAGAGUGCGAAAGCACUGUGUCGCCGCUAAUGGAUUGCUUCUUAUUUACUCAAGAUUUAGCACUCCUUUUUACAUAUGCAAUCCGAUCACUCGUGAGUAUACCAAGCUGUACUGCCCUGUGAGACCGGAUCAUGUGAUGCGAUUUGGAUUUGGUGUCAGCGAAAUAAGUGGGCAGUAUAAGGUGGUCUGUAUCAAUUCGUUCCCUAAAUCCAACCUUCAUUAUGUGUACACCCUCGGAACAGGAACAUGGAGGCGCCUUGAAGGCGGCAGGAUUUCUGGUUUUGAAUUCUAUCCAGUUGGGUGCACAGUAUGUAAUGGCAACCUCCAUUGGAUAGUAGUUGACUCGAGUCAUAUGCAAUGGAUUUGUGGUUUUGACCUUGAAACAGAACGUUUUAGCGUCUUCUCCCUACCUCUUGUAGGAAUUAGUGAAGGGGAAUUAUCUGUUUUGAGAGACUGCCUGUGUUAUUCUUAUUACAACGAAUGCCAAGAUGAAAUUCUCAUAUGGAUGAUGAAGAAAUACCAAGUCAAUGAAUCUUGGACCAUAGAGUACAAGAUGAGUACUACUACUUUUGGUACUAGUUUUUAUAGGUAUACACCUGUUGAAGCAAUCAAACUUUUUAAAGAUGGUGAUGUUUUGAUGUUGCUGGCCAGAUCUAGUCUAUUCUACUACUCCAAUAGGACAAGAACUCUUCAACAAGUUGAUAUGUUGAAGGAUGCAAAUGAAAAAAAGGGUUAUCCCUUGAUUUUCAACCCUAGCCUUCUCUCACUCAAGAAUUUCGGAUUCGAGAAUGUGAUCUCGUUUUAG